CGUGAGGUUCUUGACCUUGAUCGCACUCUCUUUGAAAAAAUGGCCUCGUCCUUGUGUAGGACUCUCCCUCUCCUGAGGAGUGUAAGCUGUACAGUAAGAAACCCUCAGCGAAUCUUACACACGAGUGCACCAGUCUGUGGAGGUCCAGGCGUAGGUCUUGGUGGCGGUCUUAAGGACUCAUUUAAAGGAAACAUAGCCAAAAAGGAAGGUAAAGUUCCAGACAAAGGAGGACAUGCUGUCGGACUAGAACGAUAUGAAAUUUUGUGUCGUAUGGAAGGAAAGGAUCCAUGGGAAGAUAGUGUGUCCUAUUACCCUAGGGCUAAAGGUUUUGGAACCAAGGAAAACCCAGUUCCUGUACCAUCUGUCUUUGACAGACGUCUAGUUGGAUGUAUAUGUGACGAAGACACUGCCCAAAUGCAGUACUUCUGGCUAUAUAAAGGAGAGCCCAAGCGAUGCUUCUGUGGUCAUUUCUUUCAAUUAAAGGAAAUUAGUGCUGCCGAUUUCCCACAAUACCCUAAGGAAGAACAGUCCAAGACAUGGGAAGGAGAACUUUAGCUUUUAGAAUACCCCUAUCUUAUGUACAUUCUUCGAAAUUAAAAGGGUUUGAAUAUUUGUUUUGUUUCCAAGGAAAAAUGACAUGUUGUGUUGGAAAGCUAAAUUGGAGUCCAAGACUUUGAAUCCAAUAAACAAUAUUUAAUGUG